AAGUCAACGAGCGGGUUGGGCAGGAUGAUCAGUACGUGACGUUGGACCCGCGUGCGCCUGGAGCCUUGUCCCUCGCAGUGGAUGGAGAAAAGGACAGGGGCAAGCGAGGUCGAGAAUUGGUCGAGUCGCGCGAAGAUCAUUCCAGGCGCUCGGAACGACGAGGAAAGGAAGAGAGCAGGAGGCAGAGCCGCAGCAGCAGGAGAUAUUCUAGGAGUCCGCAGUAUGGACGUGCGCGCGAUGAUCGGGGUAAGGGUAGAGAUGAAGAGAGAGAUGCAAGGAGAGUGGCAAGGUACGAAGGUGAAGAGGUCAAACCCAGAGACGUGCAGAGAUGGUAAGGGCCGCUUUCUGCUCUGCUCUGCUCCUCCCGCGCGCGCAUUUGCAGUGCGAAGAGGACCAAGAUCCUCAAACUCGACUCCCCAUUCCUACCGCAACCGCUGCAUCGCCCUCGCUGUUCCAUCUACGCAAAACACAAAUUGGGGGGGGGCGUGCUUACAGAUCCACAAGCUACGCGUCUGCUUCUGUCCACCUCUUCGACCAUGCAAGCGUGCUCUGCCGCAUAAGCACAAGUCGAGCGAUGACGAGCUCGCGAAUCGGACACUGUUGGCUGAACACAACACCUAUCGAAGCUCUGUGUCGAAUGUCCUGUUCUGCGCGUCCGAAUUGCUCGACCAGCAGCGCAUCUCCCACAGCCCCGCCACGUAAAGCCAGCGAGCGCCGACUCGUACUUUGGUCGCCCCCAAAUAGAUGAGCGGAACGACCAUGGAUCCGCUAGCUAGCAGUUGACACCGAGCGUGAGUCACGUUCAUCGAAUUCGUGUACGUGUGAGCUAGAAAUGAAGAUUACAAAUAUCCAUUGCGGGAGGGAUGGAGUAGAAGGGAACAGAUGAUAGUUGUCAGUGGUGCGAGACGUGUACAGUACAAGAUGCGAA